UGGUUUCCAUAACGACCAACACAGCUUUUUGUAGAAAGUUAACAAACUUCAUAAAUUGAUAGAAAAAGCAGUUUUUUCAACACACAUGGCCAAGUUCGUAAUCGCAGGAUCAUGUAGUUGCCCUUAUUAUGCCAAGUUGGAACUUCUCGCUGACCAACUGGUUAGCAAUCUUGAACAGUUUAAGGUUCACAAAGUAGUGUUGCCAGAAGAACAAUGGGAACCAUGGCUGAAAGAAACUUGCUCAAAAAACAACUGGAAACACAAGAAAAGUCCGAUAGUAUGGAGAGAAUUAGUUGAUAGGGGAGGGAAGGGAAUGCUCAUGGGAGGUUAUUAAUGAGUUUAUGGAGUACGCUGAGUGUUACUAUGGCAUCACCUCAAACAUAAUGACUGAUCGAAUGUUGAAGAUCAUGGAAGAAAACAUGGCAACAAAAUCUAUCACUGUUAAGGAAGAAGAAGCAUUCCAAAGCCUCAGCAAACCAAUUCAUAUUUGCAUUGUAAAUGCAACAAACCCAGUGGCCUACCACUUGAUACCUCAUCUUGGAAACGGCAAAAUCUUUGGAUCCGAAGUUGAAGUUUCCAUUCGUUUGCUCGGUAUACAAAAGGCUGAUGAAACUCUGCAAGGAGUAAAGAUGGAAGUUGAAGACCUAGCAUUUCCGCUCGUAAGAAAGAUCGAAAUAUUCAAAAACAGUCGAAAAGCUUUUCAAAAUGCUUCAUUGAUUGUUUUUCUUGAAAACCCAGUAGAAGAUGAAUCACAUUUGGAACUUCUGGUCAAAAAUCAUGAAAGAUACAAAAAGUAUGCUGAAGAAAUCAAUCAAGUUGCUCUGCCUGAUGUAAAGAUUGUACUUUCUGGAAGUGGUCCGAUAAAUUUCAACACCCAUGUUUUGGUGGAGUAUGCAACAAAAAUAAACAAACAAAAUGUGGUUGCUGUAUCAAGGUUACAGGAACGGCGUGCACAGGCAGCUUUAGCUCGUAAAAUGCAAGUUAAUGCAUCUGGUGUAACAAAUGUAGUUUCAUGGGGGAACUGUGCAAAUGAUGCAGCAAAAAACACAUACUGUAUUGAUGUAUUAUCAGCAGCUGUCCGUGGUUAUGAUGGAGCAAUAUGGGGACCACAGUGGCAUUCCAGAUCGCUGGCGGAACUUGUCUAUGAUAAAAAAUGGCUAAAUGAUGAAUUUGUUGAAGAACAUGCUUCACACAAUGCUAAGAUGAUAAAGUCAAUGAAACAUUCCACUAGUUUAAGUGAAGCAUCUUCAAUAUCUUCCAUGCUACAUGACUGGAUUCAAGGUUCAGAGUCGGAAAAUGUUUAUUCUCUUGGAGUGGAAAGUGAAGGUUGGUAUGGAGUCUCUGGCUGUGUUUUCUCAAUGCCUGUCCAAUUUAAAGAUGGUUCGUACCAAGUUGUAUGGGGUCUGACGCUCAAUGAUGAAGUUAGAGACAAAAUCAAGAAAAUUGAAUUGGAGUUAAAAAAGGAUUUGCGAGUUGCGUUUAAAGUAGAGGAUGAAAUGGAGAAUGAGGUGUUUGGUGAAGAUUCUGCUCUCAUCUCCUCUAUGAUGAGUCAGAUUGAGUCACCGACCAAAACCCCUGGUGAGAAGCUUGAGGUCAUCCGAGAAGAAGAUGCAGAGGAACAACCUGCAGAAGAUGUGGGGGAGCAGCCACUGGUGAAAAAGACGGAGUGAUGAUCUUUCUCUCUUUCCUUGUAUUUAUAAUCGCACUUACUGUGUCUCAUGUUGUGUAAGUUUUUAAUAAAAGUAUUAAAUUUACGAAUAUUUA